AUCUGGAGGUAUAUAUCUAUGCAUGUCGAAAAAUGAAAACGGAAAAAAGUUGCUAAGCGAACGAGUAUAAAAUAUCUGCUACCAAUUAAGCUCGACAACAGUUAGCGAACAGCACACCAAUAGAAACACUCCAAACCCUAGCCCUAGCACAGGAGAUCCAAGAUGUUCAAGAUCAUCGCAUUGGUUGCCUGUCUGGCCGUUGUUGCCUCUGCGCAGUACUACGGAGGAGAUCACGGUCAUCAUGAGGAUCACCAUCAUUCCCACCCCAAGUACAAGUUCGAAUAUGGUGUUAAGGAUGGACACACCCACGAUCACAAGAGUGCUUGGGAACACCGCGAUGGAGACCAUGUUAAGGGACAGUACACACUGGAUGAAGCCGAUGGCACCCACCGCGUCGUUGACUACAGCUCGGACCACAAGGGAGGAUUCCAGCCACAUGUGCAGCGCAAGGGACAUGCUCACCACCCACAUCACGGUGAAAGCUAUGCCAAUAUUGAACAGCACUACUAA